AGCAAAGGACCUUCACAGUUUUCAGGCGAUCUUCUCAAGGAAUUUCAGUACCAAUUUUUCAGGUAAUAACGAAUGGAAUUUGUUAGUGGAGUAGGAGAACUCCGGGGUAACCAGGGUAUGGAAGGGGAAGAGAACGUGAUAGUCGUAGAACCCAUUACCAUGAUUGUACCACCGGAACUGCAAGACGUGUCGGAAACCCCUACGCCGGAGAGCAGUGCCAGUUUAGGCGCGCAUGAGGGUUCCGGUGCUAACCCCUCUCCGUCAUCUGAAGGGUCGUCAUCAGAAAACACUGCCAGUGCAAGCAGCCCCUCGCCGGAAAGUAUGGAAGUGGCCGUAAGUGUACCUCCAGUUGCAGGUUGGGAAAAUAAAACCAUAGGUGGUAGGUUGAGCAACCUUCGCAAGGCGCCGAAUACACUGACAGCCGGAUUUCGGUUUAGGGCGAACCUGCAUCAUGAGGUAGCAGAUUGCCCUACCUCCAUCAAAGGGUACAAGAGACUAGAGGAAGUGGUGAGACAGUACCACGUUCCUAGGACAGUUUUGUUACGAACGGGGACCAAAAAUGAAAGGGCCUGCAGUGUGUCAGCAACAGGGUGGAUACCUGUAUAUGUGGACCAUUUCGACGCCGGCCUGAGGUUUCCUUUAUCCGGGCUGAUUUUUGACAUUCUGUCAGAGUACGAGCUGGCGCUCACACAGUUGACUCCCAACAGCAUAAAAUUUAUCGUAAGGUUUAUGCUGCUGUGUGCACAGUUGGAGAUACCUGCGAAGGCCGUUGUUUUCAGGUCGCUAUUUUUGUGCCGGCUGAGCUCUGCACAGACAAGGUGGUACUACAUUUCUGGGCGAGAGAAAAUGGCCGUCUUCAAGAACAUAAGGAAUAAGGUGUCACGUUGGAAGAGGCAAUUUAUCUUUGUCCGGGAUACGCGAGCAGAGAGGGUUAGCACCGAUCUGGCAGCUCGUCUAUCUGAGUGGCACCCAGGGCAUGCGUACAUGAACUACCCCACAUUAACCCCGGGCGACCUGAAGCUUAGGGAUAGGAUCACUAAUUAUGUGAAGGGAGGGGGGUUAGUUGAUUUGGAAGCCUUGGUUACCCCUGAGGUGCUCACUUUGCGUGGGUUUGUGGAUAUCACAAACCUGUUUAGUGAAGGAGAGAUGAGUAGCAUGCUUGAGAAACAAAGGGAGCGAGCUCAGCGCUCUCGUGGCAGGGGAACUGGGUCUAGCGCGAGGAGGCAAACGCGCUUUGACGAGCUACCGCCUGCAGCACCUCGCAGCUCAUCGCAGAGGGAACAAGAUGACGUACCAUUAAUUCGGCGCAGGUUGGAUUCUGAGAGACAACCUAGGGUGGUGCGCUCACCUGAGGCGCCUGUGGUCCAGCCGCGUAGCGCGGCUGAGGCGUUUCCACCGUCAGUAGCUAGCGGUGGGCCCAGGAUCGCAUACCCUGAGGGUUUUAGUUACACUAAACCCGACUGUCAGCUCGUUAUGGUCCAGGGUAUGCAGAAUUUCGUCCCGCCUGUGGACCGUCACCGCGCUAAAGGCUACAUUCAGCAGCACGGGACUCACGCUGCAAUGCUGAAAAUGAUGGAUGCGCUAAGCUAUUCUGUAGCUCUGUUCGAGAGCGAGCAGGCAGCUCGAAUACAGAAUAGGGAGCUGGCUGACAAUUGCAAGCGGCUGUCCUCAGACAAGGCGAGCUUGAAGGAUGAGGUGAACCGUUUGCAAAGCUCAGAGAUGGCCAACAGGGCUGCAUCAGCCGAAAGCCGGGCUGACGAGCUGGCCAAUAGGGUCAUCCAACUGCAAGAGGAGCUGGACAAGGUGAAAGCUGAGAAGGAGAGUGGGAUUCAAGCGGCCAUGGAUGAGGUCGUUCGCGCAGUGGAUCUCAGGAAAAAAGUGGAAGCUGAGAGAGAUGGCGCGCUGAACGACCUCAACGCCCUAAGAGGGCGGGUUGCUGUGGCCAACCAGGAUCUUGCCGGCGCUGAGGAAUCCCUGAGGCAGGCCAAGGCUCAGCACCAGCGCUGUAUUAGCAUCGCGCGAGCUCAAGGCGCGGAAUGGCUGGUUGGUGCUGACAUGUUCCAGGACGCCGUAGCUGUGGCGUCCAUGAACACCACGACUGAGAUCUACAAUGACGUUCAUGGUAAGGUGUUGAAGCACCGGCCGGACUUCCCAAUCAACGAGCUCGCAUUUUUUGACGAAGAAGCUGAACCCUCAAGUACUCCUCCAGCGCCUCAGCCCGUCCCUGCUGUCGUCGCCAUCCCAGCUCCUGCUGAUGCAUCCGCGCCCGUUGAUUUAACGGAUGACUAGGCUUAGGUUUUUUCUAUUUUUGUACUUGUGUGUUUUCAGUAUUUCUUUGUAUGAAACACAUUUUGUAGUUUCAUUGGCACCUUAUGUAAUUGAUUUGGAAGGAAUACAAUUCAAACAAUCUU